CGAUGAUUCCUGCGCCGUCAAUUCUCGUGUUCUUAUUGGUUCCUGGUGAUGCGAUGAUCUUAGAACUUUUUUUUCCCUUUCGUGCUACGAAUAAGUGCUGCUUGAUGUUAUUCUGUUUGUGCUCAUGGUUUGCAACUUAGGAUCAGCAGCUUCGGCUCCUCUGGUGGAGUAGUGCAAUUGCUUCGCAUUUUGGGGGGAGUUCGUUGGGGUUGUUUCUAUGGGGAUCGUUGUUGCGUCGCUGUUCUUCAAUUGCUCAUGAUCUCCUCUCUCAUCAAUACUCCCGCACCAUUUUAGUGCCACCUUGUCCUAGUUUCCGGAUCUGGCUAUUGGGUGUGUUCUUGACAUCUAUUGUUAUGCGUGUUCCUUUUUUACUUUAUUGGUGCAGUUGUUCACGGGAUGCACCAAUAUUUUCUUUCUGAACGCCAAAUGUUGUUGUCUUCUUUUUUUGUUCGGCAAGGAAACCAAAUGUUCGCUGACAAGUACCUUUCGCUAAACUGCAAGGCUAUACUUUUCAAAUCAUUCUAGUUUCCCGAUACGAGGUUUGAAUUUGCUUCCCAUUUGAAACACGCGUGUUAUAUUGUGUCUGAGUUUACAUUUUGUCAAUUAUUCUGCCAUUCAUGUUCGAUACGAAAUGAAAUUGACUGCACAAUACUAGAGUAGAGGAAAACUUCAGGAUGUUGCUUCAGUCUUACACAACAAUAAUCGGAUCGGCUAUAUUGUUGAGUGCACCUAAUCAAAAGCUGAAGGGCUAACGGCGCCUUGUUUGCAGGCGCCGUGUGCUAGUGCUGUGUUUUUUUUGCUUUUGGAAGUAGUGCCGUGCUUAACUAGAUCCAAAUCAUUGAUACCUGUGUAGGUUACGUCUUUUAUGCAUCGGUUUUGGAGUGCACCAUCUCACCUUGGUAUUGAGUACUCCCUAUGUCCCAGGAUACAUCGGUUUUGGAGUGCACUAAACCAUCUGACCUUGGUACUGAGUACUCCCUCUCUUCCAUAAUACAGCUACGUUUAGACUUUUUCAAAGUUAAAACCUUUUCAAUUAUUUUUAGAGUUAUUGUUGAUCAAAAUUAAAAAUAUUUGACUUUAAAAAAACCUAAAUAUAGCUAUAUUCUGGUACGAAGGGAGUAUCGACUAACAGUGUAAACCAGUAAACGUAGCUAUAUUCGUAACUAUUUCGGUAUCUAUCAGUAGUGUCGGUGUUUGUCAAUUGCUCCUAUAGAACUAAUUGAGUGAUUAGGAUCAGACUGAGGAUUAGAGUACAGAUGCACGUGGCUAUAUCUUCCCUCCCUCCCUCCCUCCUACGAUUGUUGUGUGGUAAACUCUGCUCUACUGGUCAUUUCUUGGUCCUUGACGAAAAACAGAAGUUAAUCCCUGUCAUUGUCCAUGACCUGCAUCUUUGUCCGAAAUCAAGUCUGCAAGACAUGCUGCCUGAUCCGGUUGAGCAGCAGAAUUUAUGAACGCUGGCACCCUCAGCUCAAGGCAAUCAUGGAUGCUGGGUGACAGCUACAGUCUUGACCUGUGGAGCCUGAUCGUUUCGACCAAGGGCAUGUCUGUAUCAGGCCAACCGUGGUGCCGGGUACGGAAGGGUAAACAUCAGACGACAAGAAGACGCAGUAAAAAAACAAGAUUUUUGCGGAUACAACAAGAGUGAUUGCGGUUAACGCACGCCUUCUUUGUCAGAUUACCAUUGGCCAUUUGGCCUGGAGCAGUAGUUGUCGUUUGCAUUGCUGUUUGCUCGUCUGGAGCAGUGUAUCUUGAAUUCUUUUGAUUAGGACCCUCUGAAUUUUGGAUAGGGCACUGAGCAACAUCUGACUGAACCUGAAAGUUUCUGGACCCAUCAAUCUCUGCCGUCCCUACUCUUCUUGUAGGUUCAUUGGUGUCCUUUCGGUGGCACCCCCACACGCAAGUAUAUCUUGCACAUGACCCUGUACAGCAAGGCCACAUAUGUGUAGUCAACGUGGCUUUAUCCUUCUCCUUUGUUUUGCUGCUGCCUGACUAGUCGUCUCGCACAGUUUCGAUCGUACGUCUUGAUUGUGCUACAAGAGGAAGACAGCAAAGCCGGAGUGCAGAGACCAGUAAACCACAGAUCACCGGCCUUGUGCUUGCUGAAAGCGCAUGAAGUAGUACAUGGAUCAGACGCGCACGGCCGGUGCCGGUGAGCAGCCGGCGGCGGCUGCCGGCGAUGAACCGGCGAAGAGGGUCGUCGGCGGGGACGCGCCGGCGGCAACAGGAGGCGGCUGCUUCGAUUGCAACAUCUGCCUCGAGUGCGCCGCGGAGCCGGUCGUCACGCUCUGCGGCCACCUCUACUGCUGGCCCUGCAUCUACGAGUGGCUGCGCCCCGACGCCGACGCGGACGCCGGGAGCUCGGCGAGGCGGCGGUGCCCCGUGUGCAAGGCCGCGGUGUCCCCCGACGCGCUCGUGCCGCUCUACGGCCGCGGCGGGAGCUCCCGCGCCAAGAAGCCGCCGCCGCGCGGCCUGGCCAGCAGCAUCCCGCGCCGGCCGGCUCUACGACAACAGAGCGCCCGAGGCAGCGACAACGGCGGCGGCCACCACCACCGGAACGUCGAAACCGACGCGCCGGCCCGAGCACCACAGCAGGCGCGGCACCACGCCGACGCCGCGCGGUUCGACGCCCUCCUCCCCCCGCCGUUUGUGGACCGCGGCAUAAUGCACUCGACGGCCGGAGGUGUGCUCGGCAGCAUGGCGGUGGCCGUGCUGCCGUGGGUGCUCCGGGGUCAGGCGCAGGCGCCGGGCAUGCACUACUCGAGCCCUUACCACCUGAUGAACCCCAGGCAGAGACGGCGGCACAUGGAGCUCGAGAGGUCUCUGCAUCAGAUAUGGUUCUUCCUCUUCGUGUUUGUGCUGCUGUGCUUGCUCCUGUUCUGAUGUCUGAAGCAGAACAUGAUGCUGCGAGCCAUGCGCAGAAACAAGAGAACCGAGUUGCUGACUUGCUUUGUACAUAGUGAAGGGAUGUGUGAUAUGAUUCACCCGUGACCUAUGUGUCUAGGCUCUUGUUCAUGUACAUGUGAAUGUAAUAGAGCUGUGGCGAUUGCAUGAUAGAGUUCAGGAUGAAAAUUGAAAACCAAUGAACAUAGCUUUUCGA